GAGCCCUGCCUUCGCCCGCCCCCGAAGCGGCGCGGGACGCCCGGUGCGGUCUGCGGUCCGCAGGGCUGCCGGCUUAGGCUUAGGACCGGCCCGCUGGCAAGGUCGAGCCGCUGCAUUUUAUUUCGUGCGUGGUUUCUGCACAGGCUGGAGUUCCGAGGUUGGGUCGUACUUGGGACCUCGGCGAAGAGGACCCGUUAAUUUUUUUUCUUUCCAAAAUGGCAGCCUCCAGUCGCGCACAAGUGUUAGAUCUGUACCGGGCGAUGCUGAGAGAGAGCAAGCGUUUCAGCUCCUACAAUUACAGAACAUAUGCUGUCAGGAGGAUAAGAGAUGCCUUCAGAGAAAAUAAAAAUGUGAAGGAUCCUGUAGAAAUUCAAACCCUAGUGAAUAAAGCCAAGAGAGACCUUGAAGUAAUUCGUCGACAGGUCCACAUUGGCCAACUGUAUUCAACUGACAAGCUGAUCAUUGAGAAUCGAGACAUGCCCAGGACCUAGCAAGCCGGGGACCAGCCACCAGCGGCGGCCAGGGACCACCUUCAGCAUCCACUCUCUGUUUGAGAUGGGGGCUCCCAAAACCAGCUUACAAUAGCCUUUUGUGCUGCCUGCCCUGUGGGAGCUGAUAAACCAAGUCACGUUUGCGUUCUGUUGCAGCCUUAGUGAAAAAGGAUGGCUGUGUCUCCUUGGUUCACGUGUUAGAAUGGAGAGCUGGAGUUUGUUCAGAAUAGUGCUGUAUGUUACUGCGUCUCCCCUCCACCCCACUCCUAUCUCGUAGCUCAUGGCCAUUGUGUAUAGCAUUUCUACAUGUUGUUUCUUGGUCCUUGACAAUAAAAAGAAUUAUCUCCCUGAGCCUUUCACACCAGAUAAACCCCUCCCGAUUAAUGCAUUUUCAUUUUCUACCGACAGAAGGCCUGGAGAGGGCUGUUGGGGGCCCUCAGGGGAGGGUUCGACCCUGAGAAAAGAAGUGCCUUGGUGAAGGCAAGUCCAAGCCCCCUUGAGACUGGGGGCAGUGUGGAGUAGGGCAGAGCUGCGAGGGUACACGGUGCACCCUGUAACAUAUACCUGAACCAGUACGACAAAGGUGACGGGUGUGUAGGUACACGCCCAGAGAUGGCGCACUGCGCAUCAGCAACCUUAGCCCCACCUGGGAGCUUGCUGGAAAUGCAGGCUCCAGCCCCUCCCAACACCUGGUGAACGAGAGCCCCCAGCCUGAUCCAGGCCCAGGACAACCCCCAUACCCUGAAGCCGGGAACAUGCUACGCAGCACUGGUGCCCACAUCUGGCUGGUGGACAGAAGCACCUGGAGAGUUGGAGCGCUUUUUAAAAAGACGUCUCAGCACUUCGCUCUCUGCAGAUUCUGACUCAGUAAGUGAGGGGUGAGGCACAUUUUCCUCUCUUUCUAAAGCUCUGCCAGUGUUUCUCAUGUUUAACCCGUUGGGGACCCCUGCUCUUUAAGCAUAUUACAGGUAAUAAAGAUAUUGUUUGUAUGCUUUUA